AUGAGAAUUCUUCCAGAUGAGAUACAGUAUUAUUUAGAAAUCACAUCAGAUGACAUAACAAAAUUAUAUCUACGUGCUUCAGCUGGAAAUUCGUCUAGCGUAGCGGAAACAGGGAGCUCAUUUUCUGAAAAAUCCUCAUGGAGUCCGAUCAUGAACUGCUCGGUUCCGCCUCCCGAUCUUACGGUAACGUCAUCAAUUCUGUCCAUUGUGUUCUGCUAUAUUAUCGUCUUUAUCAUUUCAUUCAUCGGCAAUUUUACAAUGUUUCUUAUCCUUUGCAGGUAG